AUGUCUAGAAAAGGGCUUUACCACGCCGUUUGCCUAUCUGACUCUAUAUGUGGUACCUUAAAAGGAUCAGCAUCCAUUGGGAAAGAAUCAUUUGAAAAUUGGGUGAGAAGCUCUACUUUAACCAGACCCGUUUUAUCAAGAUUCCAAUGGUUUUACGAUGAGAAAUGGGAGGAAGCCAAACGACUAUCCAAUGCCUCCCGGAGAAAAAACGAGGGCCCCAAGAAUGUACCACUGGGACCUAAGACUGAUUCAAAAAUGACCAAAAAGCAUAUCAGACAUUACUCCACUUAUCAGAAGUCAAUGAAUAAAAGUCCGACUAAUAACCCUGAAAAGAAGGAGCCUCAUAUACUAGAAAGUUCGGAGGUACCAUCUUCUCGUAUCUCCCGGCUUUUUCACUAUGGCCACCUCGCAGCUAGUGUUGGUAUUUCCGCUGCUUCUCAAAGUAUCACUCAAAUGGGGAGUGGCCAGAAUUCAAAUUUCAAAGACUUAUUGUUGUCAGAUGCAAAUGUGGAAAGGAUAGUAAAUAAGUUUUCGAAGAUGAGAGGUGCUGCCUUAAAACUAGGACAAUUGAUGUCCUUUCAAGAUGAGAAAGUAUUACCACCACAAUUAUAUACCAUCCUUUCUAGGGUACAGAAUAGUGCUAAUUAUAUGCCUCCAAGGCAGUUGAAUAGGUUAAUGGCGAAAGAAUUGGGAAAUUCAUGGGAAAAAAAAUUUAAAAGUUUCAACAAAACGCCGAUUGCUGCUGCUAGUAUUGGCCAAGUUCACUAUGCUUCUUUACCUAAUGGCGAUGAGGUUGUUGUUAAAGUUCAAUAUCCAGGUGUAAAGGACUCCAUUGAUAGUGAUUUAAGCAACCUUCUUAUGUUAUUAACUGCGUCUAGCCUUUUACCAAAAGGCUUAUUCUUAGAUAAAACAAUCGACAAUGCUAGAAAAGAAUUAAAAUGGGAGUGUGACUACCAUAGGGAGUCAUCAGCAAUUAAAAAGUUUGGAGCUCUUUUAAAAGAUGAUCCUGUUUUUUCAGUUCCAAAAGUUUAUGAUGAAUAUACCACGGAAAAUAUCAUAACAAUGGAAAGGAUGAAUGGCACAGAAAUAACAAAACUUCCUGAAUCUACGACGCAGGAAGUAAAAGACUUUAUCUGCAGCAACAUUUUGAGACUCUGUUUACAGGAAAUUGCAGAAUUCAAAUAUAUGCAAACGGAUCCAAAUUGGGCUAAUUUUUUAUACAACCCUUCAACAAAAAAGAUAGAGCUAUUAGAUUUUGGCGCAAGCAGGGGAUUCCCAGAAUCUUUCAUCAAUAAAUAUCGUAAAAUGCUAACUAACGCCACCAAAAAUGACUACAAAGGUGUAACGGAGGCAUCAAUUGAGUUAGGAUACUUGUCAGGAUUAGAAUCACAAGCUAUGAUUGAUGCCCACGUUAAAUCGAUGAUGACUUUGGGUGAGCCAUUUUCCGGAAAUGUUGAAGAUAGCUUUGACUUCUCAAAGCAGACCGUAACUGAUAGGGUGAGGUCUAAAAUAAGACUCAUGUUGAAUGAAAGGCUUUGCCCACCUCCUGAAGAAACAUAUUCUUUACAUAGAAAGUUCAGUGGCGUUUUUCUUCUUUGCUCCAAAAUGGGAGCAAGAAUACAAUGCGCAAAACUCUUUCAGGAGCACUUUGCCUUAUAA